AUGGCUGAAAUAUGUGAGCUUGUAAUAUCACAAAAAGGAAACCCAAAAUUAGUAGUUAAUGGUUAUCUAAUGUCAGAGUGUUGUAAAGGUCAAGCAAUUACUACAUUUUUAGAUAAUUUACACUAUCUUAAAAAAUUUGUUAAACAUAAUAAUCAUGCUCCUCAAGCUGAUCGUAGCAAAGUUGCAAAAGUUAUUGCUUGUAUUAAACAUCAAGCUCAUGAAACCAGAGAUACACCUUCUUAA